GUAUACGGCUUGUGCUCAUUUUCCCAUCAUAUCGGAUGUCAACUAGAGCGAAAGCGACGCUAGCUGCGUCGUUCGCGUUUUCCUCCUUCAUAAUAUGGGCAGUUCACUACCAGCAGGCAAGAGAGCGUGAGGACAUGUUCCAAGGUGUCAUUCGUGAUGAUGCUCGUCGGCUAGAGAAAAUGCGACAACGCGAAGAGGAGUUCCGCGCAUCCUCCCGCAAGCGAGAAAUCUUUGAACAAGUACAAAAUAUCGCACCAAGCGACCAGUCAAACAAGAUUUGACCGUCUCAUGUCUCAAGACGGUCAUAGGUCUAUGCUUGGAGGUAUCGCAUCAUUGCACUGGUCACUGCCUGAGUUAUCGUAUCGUUGACAUUUCCAUCGAAAUACCUAUAUACCCCACUUUGGGGAAAUAUAUAACCUGUUUCCAAUCACAGUGGCCGAAAUUCAGACUUAUGCCUGGCUCUUGCGAAUGCUUGCACGUUUAUUGUCCUUCAAUUCAACUACGUAGACUCGAACCCUUGGCCGCAAGCCACGGUUCCACCUGUGGUACUCUUGAAUGUCUGAUAACUAAUCUAGCAUAAGCUUGUCGUGUCUUCGACGCACUGGAUGGAC